AUGUCCAACGAGAUCGUUGACAUCGUCGUUUUCGGCGCGACCGCCGUGACUGGCAAGCACACGGUGCGCUACCUGCUCUCGCACCGAGAACGGUCCACAUUCACUUUUGCUAUCGCCGGUCGCUCGUCCAACAAGCUUUCCGCCUUGCGCGCAGAGCUUUCCAUCCCAGACUGCGUCCCAACCAUCGUGGCAGACUCGUUCGAUGCGGACAGCAUAGCUGCCAUGGUCGCCAAGGCCAAGGUCGUCAUCAACCUUGCUGGGCCGUACAACGUAUUCAAUGCCAGGGGAAUUGUCGCCGAAUGCGUCAAGCAGGGAAAAGCAUAUACUGACUUGACGGGCGAGAGUGGCUUCUACAAGAAGGUCAUCGAUGAAUUCCACGACCAAGCAAAGCAGAACGGUGUACCAAUUGUCAUGAGCUGCGGGUUCGACAGCACCCCCUCCGACAUGGGGACGUUUCUGGCUGUCCAGCAUCUCAAAUCGCAAGCUCCAGCUUCGCGCAUCACUGAUGUCACUACAGCGGUCCGCAUCUCCUCAACAAUUGGCAAAGGUACGCUGAUGUCCGGUGUGGAUAUGGUGACGCAGUCGAAAAGGGAAAACGAAGACACAACAUGGCAGCUCAAGUCUGUUCGCCCAGAUGAAUUCAGCCCGAUCGAUAGCAAGCGCCCCAUGCCGUGGGGUCCCGUCAUCAAGGCGCCCCAUGGGACACGUGCAGGCGCGCUGGCCUUCUUCCCGCUCGCCUGCCACAACCAUCGCGUAGUGAGCAGGACGUGGGGCUUGCUUGAAACUGAACUCAAGGGGAAUAAGGAGGCAUACGGCGAUGCUUUUCAAUACGCAGAGGGAAUAGUGAUGCCGAAUGCAACGGUCGCUGCCAUCGUCACCAUUUUCGUCAAGACAUUCUUGCUCUUCCAAAUUUGGUUCCCACCGGUGAGGCGUAUGCAGAACAGCAGCAAAAUGUAGAGCCAGGUUCUGACCAGAGCGUUGGCAUUUGUGCUUUCUCCUUUCACAGGCCCGUUGGGCUGUCCAGGCUCUCCCGGAUGGCUUCGUCCUAGACCUUAAUGGGCUUCUUUCCAAGGAACCUUUCAUGGACAUCCGCACUGUUGCGCAGUCGGAGGCUGGCCAGAGUAGCAUCGCGACUAUUUACCACAAGGGAGGCGAGUUAAGCUUUGAAUUGCGCAUCCCAUGAAUGCAUCUGAUCUGAUUCACUCUCCUCUAAAUUGUGCACAAUAGACCCAGCAUUCGAAUCAACUGCACGCAUGCAAGUCGAA